AUGCUCAGGGCGUGUCGGCUGUGCAUAAUAUGUGCUAAACCUAGAGAAGCAAAUACCCUGGUGGAAAGUUACCACCUGGGUUUGGGGACCAAGAUUUCCGGUGACCACGUCGAUGGCAUCCCCGAAAGACACGACUUUCAUGUUGGAGAGUUCGAGCUGAAGGACGGUUCUAAAGUCUCAUAUUAUGUGACCAACACCUCACGGCAAGGAAUCCAGACUUUCGCGAUGGAAUCAGCUACAUUGUUUUCGAUUCUCAAACCCGAGUUCGCCAUUCAUGUCGGUGUCUGUGCCGCUAUCUCUGAUCAGAACAUUGCUGUCGAAGACGUCAUUUUCGGAGAGCGAGCGCUGAAUUAUGAAGAAGGGAAGUGGGCUAUGAAAGACGACAAGUUAGUCUUCAUGCCUGAAGUGAAGGUCUCAGAAGUGAAGGGUGCUUCAAUGGAUGGAUUUAUCCGCCAGGCGGAGCAGCCUCGGUACAAAUAUGGCGAUUUUGUCUCUGGUUGUGCAGUUCGGAUGGAUGCCUCUUUCAUCUUCGAUCGAGUUAGAAAUACUGCGCUUCGGGAUGUAGCUGCUCUGGACAUGGAGGCGAGCGCAUUUUUGCAGGCUUGUGAAUGCACAGGCGUGAAAUCACUUGGUGUCAUCAAAGGCGUGUCGGAUAUGGGAGAUCAUAAUAAAGGACUGGGCCAUGACAAGCACUACAGACCGGCACUUUGUAGGGCUGCAGAGGCAGCCAAGGCAUUCAUCAAGUACAAGUGGGAGACGAUGCCAGAAACAGAUGUUGACCGCAGCAAGGAAUUCGGGGUCGUGCUUGCACAAGGCUAUUUCGACAACUUCAUCGAUCGGGUCGUUCAGAAAUUGAACACAGGAGGAUAUAAGACUGAGAUUGCAGUCAAGGGACUCAGAAUUGUUCUACCCAAAAAGCGCACAAGAAGGGGCUCGAGAGAGGAGGAUUACAAUGUCGAAUCAUUCAGUCCCAUCGCGCUCGCACUUCUUGUUCAGCAACACGGUUUAGAGGAAGUUGCACUCAAAGGCCCACCGAGACAGACUAACGUGUACUUGAAAGGGUCAUUUGUGGUCGACUUUCCAACGACGUUGCCAGCAGGUCUAGCAAUUCUCACAGCUGGGGAGAGGAGGGAUAAGCAAGUUGAGCUAUUCAAGGAGAGCCUAGCGGACAAGAUUGAAGCCUUUGGCGAUUUUGUGAGGGUGAUCACGUGGGAAGAGUUCGAGGCAUUGUGA